UACCAGGAAGGCCAUUGUGUUGUCUCUUUUGUUAAGCUAGCCCACUGACCGUGUUGCACCUUUUUUCCAACACAAAUCUCGGCCGCAGCAAAGUGAAACAUGACUGCAAACAUGCCACCGGGGAGCCUGAAUCUGGAGUCACAGCUUUUGUCCAUUAUGGACGUGCUGGUGAAAGCGGCGGUGGCAGAAAUCAGUCAGCUGUUUUCGGAGAGCUCCGCGUCUCUCCGUCUUCAUUUAACCCAGAGCUUGAAGGAAAACGAAAGCCUGAGGACGAGGAUGAAGGUUAUGAGGAGUGAGCUAUUCUCCCUCAGGCUGCAAACGAGGACUAAUCGACCAGCGAGCCGCUUUUCUCCCAUCAGAGGAAAUAUAGCCAAGCCACGACCGAAACCACAAGUUCUCAUUAAAUCACAAGUGGCUCAGAAGGUGAGUGGAGAGGCUGCUUCUAUCGUCCUGCAGUCACAGACAAAGACCACCUCCUCUGCAGCUCAAGCGCAGUGUGCAGAUGUGGAGAGCCCAGAUGUCAUUCUGAUCAAAGAUGAGGAUGACGUGGGAGGAUGUGGGACAGAUGUUGGUGGUCACGAUGGUUUUGGAAACCACAGUGUGCAGGGUGGUGUUGCAACAGGAGCUCAGAAUUUGGAGCCAGCUGGUUCCUCCUGUGUGACAGGUGAUAAUGAGGAGCUGAGAAUUGUGAGCGUUCACGGCCGAGGUGAAGGGCCUCUGCAGGAGGAAAGUGACACCCUCUUCUCUGCAUCUGAGCUACAGGUUUUUAGCUCUCUGUCUGACCACAAUAUCAGCCAUGAGAGUCUCCUGAAUUUCACUACCAGUGCAAAUGACAGAGCUCCAAUGAGAGUGACACAGGAUAACAGUGCUGGACUGGCGAGAAACAGCCAACUUGAAAGAAAUCAUGCCACUCAAAUGGCUCCGACAGCACUGAAUCCUGGAUUGAAAUCACAGGCAGUAGUAACUGAGGGUCAAGUGGGCCACCCCAGUCACGUGAGCCAGUUUCCCCAGCAGCAAAACAUCUUCCCUCACGCAGCCAACAAAUCCCUGGACUGCAACUUUUGUGGUGAGCGCUUCCACAAUCGCGAAGACCUCAUCGUCCAUCGUGCAAGUCACACCGGGGAGUCUCCCAUCCCAUGCUCUCUGUGCGGCAAGUCAUUUGUCAACAAGACCACACUGAGCAUCCACAUGCGCAUUCACACUGGCGAGAAGCCGUACGCCUGUGCGCAGUGUGGAAAACGCUUCACUCAGAACGGCAGCCUGAAGAUCCACUUGCGGACCCACUCCGGGGAGAAGCCAUACACUUGCAAUCAGUGCACGGCCAGCUUCAACAACCCCAGCAACCUUCGCAGACACAUGAUCACACACACCAACGGGGCGCUCUGACCCCAGUGGAUAACAAAGAUUUAAUGGACUUUGCAGUUGGAAGUUACUGUCACUUGUGCCACAAUGCAUAUUGUCAUGAGUCACACGUGCAUUAGCGUACGUGUAGAUUUAAGGUUCGCUGACACAAACAAACAUGAUCUCUGUUCAGAUUCUUUAAUUGUAGGAAAACCAGUUUUCUAUUCUGGAGUGUGCAAAAAAGAUGCUUAAAUGAAGACAUGGAUAAGUGUACUGGCAGCAGGGUGGCAGAUUUUACACAGGAGGAUAAAACUAAUAUGAAGUAGUAAAGCACAUAAAACAGACUGAAAGCCACAGAGCUGCUACAGACAAAGCAACAGUAUGAGUGUCUGCACUCAGACUGUGGUAACAGAUUUAUCAAUAUCACAACUCUGGUGCUGUUUAAGGUUCUGAGAGCAAGUAAAGAAUAACUAAAAAAAUUCAAAAAUAGACUUAGCUUAUGUGCAAGUUUGAUAUAAGGUCAACAAGUACAAAGACUUGCCCUGUUUUAGGAUCAUAAUCCCUGUAGAAUAAUAAAAUUGUUUGCAGCCAGUUGUGGGAAAGAAAUCUGUGAAUAAAGUUGCGUUUAAGAAACUUUUACUGAUGCACUUCAAGGAAAGAGAAAGACUUCAGGCUAUUAAAAAAAUUUGACAACCUAUCUUCCAAGAGUGGUGACCCUAUUUUCCAGGAAACUGAUUGGUCAGUAGGCAGUGAUUUCAUACCUGUUGAAAUAACCUGCUUCCGAUCAGGUUAGGUCUGCAGCAUAAGUUACCAAGGCCAUGAACCCCAGUAAGAAGCUGCUUCGUAGUAAAGGCCUCUGAUGCUUUUACAUAAGGAUACUUUUAAGUACAUUUCUAGCUUCCUCAUACAAUCAUUAUAUUUUUUUUAAACUAAAAAACUUUCAGUCUGAACUGUAAACAAGUUGGGAAUGAAAAACAAAAUAAGAUUAUAUGUGUAUGUUUUAUUAAAAAACGCACUACCUCUACUGUUGUUUUUGCAGCUCUUUUCCUCGUUUUGUACUUCCCAGAUUGUUUCUGACUGGGCAAUUUAGUGUGGAUUUG